CAAGACAAAUUUGAACUGAUCUUCGUCGCACCCAGUCAGUUGUUAGUGAAGUCGCUACAGGAGCCAGCAGAGCAAAUGACAAUUGAAUCUCAGCUCGGUCUGGAAAUCGAUGAUGUACGCAUUAUGGGAAAAGAUAAUUACUUGGUCGCACGCACGGAAGACUCCAUGAUCUUAUGUGAUCUCACACGUAAUCUGGUCAGUGAAGUGCCAUGGACCACGUCGGGUCGGCACGAACGUUUCUAUUUUGAAAACCCGAAUGUUUGCCUG